UACAUAACAGUCCCCCGCCGCCGCCCACCUGGUCACACUCAUUCAGCUGCUCGCCUUACUAUCCCACGGCCAACGUCUCACAGGAUCCGAUCAAAAAUAUUCAGUACUGAACAACUCUGCGGAGAAAUGGGAACUCUAGGGAUGGUCACGAGAUCUCUGACCCGCCAUUACUCGAAGAAGAAUUCGAGACCCUUCAAAUUGCAUCAGUACCAGAGCUGGAGGACGCUGAUUUUGGAGCCCUUGUCGUCGGGAUCAGUCCAGGUGCGGCGGCUCUCGGACGCCGAUUCAGGGAUAGUUGAGGUGAAUUUGCACAGGCCGGAAACUAAGAACGCGAUUGGGAACGAGAUGCUGAGAGGGUUGAGGCAUACUUUCGAGACGCUUGAGAUGGACGGUGAUGCCAACGUGAUGAUGAUCUCUAGCUCUGUUCCUAAGGCAUUCUGUGCUGGGGCUGAUUUGAAGGAACGCAAGGAAAUGACUGCAUCAGAAGUUCAGUUCUUCGUCAACUCAUUGCGAUCGACAUUUGCGCUCUUAGAGGCUCUUCGUGUUCCUACCAUUGCUGUUAUUGAAGGAGCAGCAUUGGGUGGUGGACUCGAAAUGGCUUUGUCAUGUGAUCUACGGAUUUGUGGAGAAAAUGCGGUUCUGGGAUUGCCAGAAACAGGACUGGCAAUAAUUCCUGGGUAUAUGCUUUGUUGACAUUAGUCCUUUGCUGUAUUGGAUCUCUCUUAUCAGAGAUAAGAGUAUCAUCUGAUAACGGCUUCGCCUUAAAUAGUUUCAUAAAGUUACUUGCUCGAAAGAGAUCAGGGUGUAAUAGAAUGUACUUGACAGGGCUGGUGGGACUCAGAGACUUCCUCGACUUGUAGGGAAAGCCGUGGCAAAAGAGCUUAUAUUUACUGGUCGAAGGAUUGGAGCCAAGGAGGCAAUGUCCAUUGGACUCGCCAAUUAUACUGUACCUGCUGGGGAAGCUCGUCCAAAAGCGCUUGAAAUUGCUCGAGAAAUCAACAACAAGGGUCCAAUAGCAAUUAGGAUGGCUAAGAAGGCCAUCAACGAGGGGAUCGAAGUUGAUCUGCAAGCAGCACUAGACUUGGAAGAAGAGUGUUAUGAGCAGCUGCUGAACACGAAAGAUAGACUGGAAGGCCUGGCAGCUUUUGCAGAAAAGCGAAAGCCGAGGUACAGAGGGGAGUAAUACAAGGAACCUCCUUGAUAUAUUUGCCAAGACAAGCAGUUUCUAGGGGAGUUAGUGUUAUCUACUUGAGGCUUUGGCAUCGAUUCGAGCAGUUAUGUUGCUAAUGCAGCUUGAAGCCUUGAACUGUGUACAUAUUCACCAUUCACAAAAUGAUGACGAAGAUUAUGAUGCAUUAUCUGCAACACAGACUUUCAUGUGGCUGCUCUAAAUGUUCCGUACGUGUGAUGUUCUCGCUUCGUGCUAUGUGCUAUGUGUAUAUAUGAAAAAAUUUGCAAUAUUCUAUUCAUAAUACAUAACUGCAAAAUACAAUAGUUCCAAAAUUUGACCAGUAAAGCAUGAUGACAU